CGAGCUCACCAAGCACCUAGGAAACAGGAACUACAACAAAAAGACAUGUGCUGGAGAGCGAUGUCACCACGAAUCUCGGGCCAUGCAGACAUACUCUUGUGUUGUGAACGUGAAGGUGGCCGAUAGCAUCACCUGAGCGACUUGCAAGAUCCCCUUACACACAUCCUCACCGAAAACGUAAACACGCGACAACACAACUACCAAGGAGCCCUCGGUGUACAGAUUCAUUGCCCCGCACGAGUGGGAAACGUCGAACCAAUACAUACGUAUAGAAAGUCAUGAGUGUUGAGAAUGGCAUCACACCAGUAUAGCCUUCGAAGCAGAUUGGACACUCAGUCGCCUGCCCUGCGCACGACGCCAACAUGCUCCCCAGUCGUCGCUAAAGCACCAGCAGCGUUCAGCCGGAAGACACGCCCGUCCGACAUCACUUUACAACUGCAUCGAGUCAUUGGAACAACCACAAACAAUCCCAAUGGAUUGACAUGCUGCGAAUCCACAAACUCUUACGCUUAUUGUGCCGGGGCUGUUGCUGUCCUGGCCAAACUCGAGCCCGGCAACGCGCCUUCACAUCGAUACUUCAAGGCUCGACCCACUGCGCCCUCACUCCAUCCUCCCACCUCACAUUACGAGAACUCGCCUGUGACUACACCUUCAAAGAGACGGACAACCACAUUCACCCCACGAAAGGGGCAAGAUGAACAAAAUGGGGGCUACUUUGGACGGGAUUGGUUGGAUGAGUCCACAGGUCAGACGUGGACAGCAAGAGAGCGGAUAAAGACGGUGUCCUGUGUGGCCUUGAGUCAGGAUGGACGAUGGCUUGCCGUCGGUGAGUCUGGGUACGGACCUCGAGUUCUGCUCUUCUCUACCGCUGACGAAGCGCCUUGCGAUGUUCCGACUUCGAUCGUCAGCGACCAUACUCAUGGGGUCCAGUGUGUCGCAUUCAGCUCGGACAUGAAAUACCUUGCAACUCUUGGCAACCUCAAUGACGGCUUUCUAUUUGUAUGGUCGUUGAACUCGAGGACGGGGCAGUUAGCGCUACACUCCGUGAACAAAUGUACUACUAGCGUCUGUGACAUGGCGUGGUGUGGCAACAGUUUGAUCACGGUCGGAACAAGACACAUCAAGAUCUGGCAAACCAAAGAUACGACGAAGAAGUCUCCAUCCAAGAAGCCGAGAUUUUUCAGAGCUUCUGAAGCUUAUUCACCUAGUCCAGGCCCUGCCCCGGGGCCUGCUCCAUUGCAGGGACGAAACUGUCUGUUGGGGACAAUGGUGGACUCGACAUUCACUUGUGUAGCGGUGGUGGAUGACCAGCUUGCUGUUGUUGGGACAGAGACAGGACAUCUCUGCUUGGUUGACACUUCGCAAGAUGUGCUCGAGUUAAGGAUUUUGAAAAAGAUGGAUUUCUCUAUUUCAUCAAUCACAUAUGUUGCGGAGACCAAACGAGUCCUCAUUGGUACAUCGCACGGCCUGCAGUCAGAGGACUUCAAUCUCUUAUUAGGAUCGCAGGUCGAAUCACCCAAAGCAUCGAAGCGCAAACCACCCCGACAUUCCAUUCGACGCUCCCUUGGCCUUGUCCACCAGACAGUGCAGGGCUUGACGGCUGUUGGAACACUACAGAGUCAUGUCAUCACUCUUGACAACAACGGCACCUUGAAAGUCCAGACUUCCGAAAAUGACGACCAGAGCAACUGCCCGCUGACCUCCGCGGCACAUAACAGUACAGUCCUUGGCGUGCAAGUGCUCCCAGCAUCAGCUGGCAUGGGUGCAUUCUUUACAUGGUCAAGGAAUGGAGAGGUCAAGUUUUGGAGUUCGGACGGUGAGCUGCUAAAGCAGGAAGUUGUCGACCUGGAAGAGUCCGGACUGGACGAUGAUGGCUGCGAAAACGAAAUGAACCAGGUGCAUUUUCUACCAGCACUUGGCUGUUUUGUCGCUGGUGAUCGGUUUGGUGUCAUACGACUGAUCAGAUAUUGCCCUUGGCAGAUUUUGCAAACCAUACGUUCGCACAGCGCAGAGGUUACCAGUAUUGCCAGCCAUGAAGCCCAAGCUUUGGUCGCUACAUGCAGCAGGGACCGUAUGAUCCAAGUCUUCCGAGUCGGCGGAGAGAAUCUGGAUCUACUCCAGACAUUGGAUGAGCAUGUCGGAGCGGUAAACCAAGUGUUGUUUGUGCAGAACGGCGAGAAGCUCCUCUCGUGCUCGUCUGAUCGGUCGUUGGUGAUUCGUGACAGAGUGUUGCGCAAUGAAGGCGGUGUUCAGACUCCAGCAUACCUGACCACGAAAGUUGUCACGCUCAAGGGCGCCCCACUGUCGAUGGCAAUCUCGACGGAGAAUAAGGUGCUCGUAUCAACCAUGGACCGCCGUGUCACGAAGGUUGACAUUUCGACAGGCGCUUUGACCGACUCGUUCAAAGUGGGAGACUCGGAAAAUGACGAGACGGUAUGCCUCAAUCGCAUCGCCUCCCGGUCGAGUCGCGAGUGUACAGAUGCGUCGCAACGUCUGGUCAUCGGAUACUGUUCCAUGGACAAAUCUAUUCGGGUCUACAAUGGGAAAAACAUGAUGCUUCUGGGCCGCGAAUCUGGCCAUACUGAAGGUGUGAGCGAUAUUGCUCUCCUUGAACACUCUGGAGAUGAAGACAAUGGCCGGCAUUGCACCGCUGUCAGUACUGGAUUAGACGGAACGAUCAUGAUCUGGAGGAUUUUGAGUCACACUUCGGUACACUCGCCGCAUUAUUCGCAGGAGCGAACUCAAGGCCUGGGGAUAUCCUCAGGUGCCUCUGAGGAUGAAUGGGUCAAGCCGAGCCCUGCAUCUCUUCCACCGCUGAGAAAAGUCUUGACAAAGUUGGACAUCGCCGAACUCACGAAAGAAAGCGGCCUAGCUUUGCCAUCUUCGCCCCAGACUUUGUCUCCGAUGCGACUGAAACGGAAGACAUCAAGACUUGCUCUCACUAGCACGUUGGACGACGUUGAAGAGGCACCAUCCCGCGCGCUGGAAAGCUCGGUUGCACGAAAUGAUUCACCAAAGAAGGAUCCACGACGCUCACCCUCUCCGCCGCCACUUCGGGUCACGUCUCGAUUGACAAAGCAGCCCUCGAGAACAGAUCUUAGCAGAGACCUCGAGUCUGCUCAAAAGGCCGGCGCCAUGGGACGUUCUGUGUCUCCGCCGCCAAUGCCCAUAUCCAUGCCUACAACGCCCAAAACCCGAAAUAAAUCCAACAACGGUCGGUUACGGCGAGCACCUUCGGUCCCGACAGAUCUACGAUCCCACCAUGUGGCUUCGAGUCGCAGGCAAAGCAUGAGCCAAGCAUCCGAAUUUGGUAGCUUAGGCAUGGCUACUGAACAAGCCGCCCGAAUGUUGAAGACCUACAGAAAGAAACUGGCCAGUAGCAGGGAUAUUGUCAGUCUCGACGAUUUGGAGGAUGAGGUGCGUUCUCUGUUGACAAUUAUACAAGAAAGAAAGGACAGGACGCUUCCGGCGAUGCCGCAAAUACAUCGUGAGGGCGUGGGAAGUUCGGGUCGUAGAGCCGCCGCGAAAGCUGCAACAGAGAGUGACGUUGACAGACUGACUGUCUUACUGGAGAGGGCUAAUAUGGCUGAUACUCAUACGAUGUUCAUGAAAGCAGCAAAGGGGCAGGAUGCCCCAGCCAAGGAGGAUAUGGUUGUCGACGUGAAUGUUGAUUGAACCCGAUGACGGAAUGAUAUAUCAAGAAGGCGAAAGGCCGCCCAAACUGCCGGCGUGUACAUUUUGUGAUUAUAUAGCGGUCGAGCUCUGGUCUGCGGAUUGCUCAUCUGACAGGCGUUUGGAAGAGAAGGGAGCGCAAACCUGUGUCUACCAGUGCAAAUGGCGUAGGAGCCUGAAGGUUUAUAUCGAAUACAGUGUCCAUGGCGGGCACAGUGGCGGCAACGGCAUUGUAUCAUACUUGUGUCUAAUACACACGUGCUUGUGAUGUUCUGUGCAGUCGUCUCUGCCUUGAUGAAUGAAGGGGUAUUUCCAACGAGGCUGAAAAAGCUACCAUCUUCCCC